AUUAGGCAUUGGGCUCACGUUCGCCAGACGCAGAGGCAAGGGCUUUUCACCGCGCGGCGCUCUUUUGGCUCUUUCUCUCUGAGCUUGCUCUUCUUGUGGGCGCUUACUGAUGUGUAUAGGGGUCGCGGACCACCGCAGGCAGUCUAGACACUGCGCGGUGCCUUUUCUUCUCCAGGGCUCGGCUUUCUCUGGACGCCGCGCGCGGAAGUUCUGUGCUGCUAGCUUGGGCACAGCUCUGCUGGCCAGAGCGUGCACGGCCAGGCGACUUGCUCGGCCGCGGUCUCGACUGAGCUGCGAAGCGUGGUCUCCAGGGCCGGCUCGCGCAACCCAGCGCUUUUGGGCUCGCUGCGGGCUCGGGUACCGGAACGAGAAGGCGCGGGUUGUGCCCAAACGUGUGCCACAGCGGGACCCACGGGACCGACGGCUGUUUUCCCGGCACAAGAUCGGCUCUCGCAAAGCUUCAAUGGACUCUACAUGUUGCUUCCAUGCUCUACGCAAGCAGCACGCGCUGAGAGCGGGUCGCUUAGUUGGGGCUGCGGUUCGCUGUUGGUUCCAGACCCUCUUUAAUUCAAGUGCAAGCUCAAACGUGCGAUAACUUAGCAAUGCUGCGCCAAUGCGUCGUCAAUUUCUCGCUUGGCGUGCGCGAGGGCCCUAGGCACAGUCCCAACUUGGUCGUGACCUCGUUCCAACUUACCGGCAGAGCCAGGGCAUGGUUUGCCGUGCGUAUGAUUAAGCAACACACCUUAUACUCCCUUAUACCUCAUGCUUGAAGUAGAGCGCCGGCGAAGCUAACGCGAGAAGGCAUCCGCCGUGGCGCCGUGACAAGAACUGCCAUUCGCGUCGCUGCUGGCCAGCUCGAGCUUCAGAGCUUUCCGGUAUGAUUGGCACUAGGUCCAGGAGGAGCCAUCAGGGCGUGUGUGCACGUGCUGCAACUCCGGGUGGGCCACGCUGUGCAAGCUAUCGAGCUAUCGGAGCAUCACGGCAAGGCAAUAAGUCACGAGGGGAGAACGAAAUGGGUGGUCGGUGGAGGAGGGGGCGGGGUCAAACGGGCGUCGCGCAAGGCACACUGGGGGUUCGAGGGAAGUGCGCACUGGCUGGCACGUCCAUGGUAUGGCACGGCUGAAUGGGUGUGUGGCACUGGCGUGGAGGGGGAACCCCCGCGCGCG